UCGUACGGUUCCAAGUUCUAUCUACCAAGAUAGACCAGCAUCUGAUAACGGGGUUUAGUUACUCGCAAUGGAUAUACCGGCUGGGAUUGCCCUCUGUUUUCUACUUAUAUUUUCAACAGAGGCUUCAGACCCAAAAGGGUGUUUCAAAGAAAACAAACGACAAAGACAUUUCAGCAUCACACCAGGGGAUUUUGUCCCAAAUCAAAUGACACCAGCAAUAUGUGCGUCAAAAUGCGGGAGUUUUAAAUUCAAUUUCUGUGCUGUUACUCAAGGGCAGUUUUGUUUUUGUGGCCACUCGCUUCCCCCUGCCUCAGAGCAGGAUUUGACGGAGGCGGGUUGCUCCGAUAUGUGCCAUGGGGAUAUUACAAUAAAAUGUGGGGGCAAAGACUUUGUCACUGUGUACAGUACAUCUCCACCAAUCGAAGGACUUGAGGUCACACCGAGUAUAUCUCAAAUCGAGACAGGAAAUGACGUUUCAUUUACUCCCAGCUACGAAUCCGCUGGAGAGGACCUUACGUUCCAACUUGAUUUUGGCAAUGACGGAGGUAAAACUGACAAGAAUCAGACCAGCAUGUGGACCACGAAGUAUUUUACACCAGGACUUUAUCAAGUCAUACUGUACGGGAACGAUAAUCAAAACUCUAUUUUGGAGAAGCAAGCCACCACUGCAAUAUUAGUUGAAGCACGUCCACAAAAUGUUUCACUGUCAUGUCCUAACAAUGCCGCUACAUACGAGGACACUGUUUGUGUUUUGGAUGUGAUGACUGGCACGAACUUAGAGCUAACAGUCAAUAUUGAUGGAGCCCUGCACUCGAAGUUUUUCAUUUCAGAUCCUCCAAUUUACACGGCGGGUCGCGCAAUUGUCUCCAUGUCAUCUUCACUGUUGGCGGGGGAAUCGACGGCUGAUUACAUUAUAAUGCCGGCAGCGGAAAUCCAAGAGGCCGGGACACUGAUAGGAUUUGAGUAUUAUACAGACACACCAGGAGCCGUAGAAUUCUAUAUAUUGCGACCAUCGUGUGCAACUUACUGUUUCGAUAAAAACGAUUGCUCUGGAGGAACAUGUGAAAAUAUCAAUGAACGCACAUGUUCAGCAGGUGUUCAGUUUUGUCCUGCGUCUGGGGCUUGUUGGAACUCGAUAGCCCCUUCAUGUGCGGCGCCAAAUGCAAGAUACGAUGGCACACAGAGAACACCUUUAAACCUAGUGGCAACAGUUGCACACACUUUAGCAGCAUCUCCGUUAUAUGACUAUUUUGCUCUCGAUCUUACAACCAAUGACAUCAAUGUACAACCGGGUGACAUUUUGGCAUACAAAAGCACAGGAGGCGGAAUUUUAAAAUCUUUUGCAUCGAACACAUCCGAGUCUGAUUUGAAAACCACAGAUUUUAGCAUAACAACAAAUGCAGUUAAUUUAGGAUCUUCUAAGAGACAUUUGUUGAGAGCUGUUGUAUCAGCAGGUAGCAUUGUUAAACUGCCAUUUUUGUUCACGACAUUCGGUACAAAAACUGUUGAUAUCACUUUGAAGAACACUGCUCUAGCGGUAUCGGUGCCUUUGUCGGAGACAAUAAAUGUCAUUGAAGGAAUAGACAUGUGUGCACUCGACGUAGUGGAGUAUGCCGAAACGGGAAGUGUUCUCCAGAUUCAAGUAUUACAACACACAGGAUCGAGCGUGACGUAUUAUUGGAAUUAUGGAGAUGGUACAAGUAACAAUGUGUCAACAAUUCAACACACGUAUACUUACAGUAUUCCAGGGACUUAUUUUCUGAACGUCACUUGUUCAAAUGCAUUAAGUUCUAAGUCAAAUUACACCAUGAUCAAAAUUGAAACUAAAAUAAACAACCUUGUUUUGGCAUCUUCUCCUGCAAUCACUUCAGAAGUGACGUCGUUUACCCUUGGAAUGAGCACCGGAUCUGACUAUACAUGCGCAUGGAAGAAAAAUGGAGUACUUUUCGCCAUUACAACGGCCAUCACAACACCUCCAAAUGGAAACUUCGACCACACAUUCUCAGAGGAUGGAACAUACGAAAUUCUUGUAACAUGUGCAAACAAUAUCAACAGUGAGAGUAGUUCCAUUACCUUGAUUGCUCAGAGAAGAAUUCAAGGCCUUGCUUUAGUCCGAACUGGGGCCCUUUUAAACAAUCCUUACACUGUGGACUUCGUUUGGGCAGAUGGAACCAAUCCUCAAUUUUUGCUUGAGUUCAAUGGAGUAACACAGACCCUGACUGUUGACACAUUUUCGAGGAGAGGAUCGUCUUCUGUUUUACCUGCAGAGGCUUCACCGACAUCCUUCCCGUUUAAUUUGACCGGUUACAAUUUGGUUAGCAGUGAACAAAUUACAGGGUUGUUUGGAAUUGAAUCUGAAAUAACCAACCUUGCGAUAAAUUCGGACUCUCCUAUUAACCCAAGUUUAGGGUAUGGAACUGUUGCUAAAAGUACAGUAGUGACUCUAUCCAUCGAUGCCACUGGAGGAACAAACGUCAACAUACAAUGGGAACACACGGUUGAUAGUUCACCACCAACAGUAACAUCGCAGUCCAUAGCCUCUUGGACAACUCAAGUAACGAAGUCAUUUACACUCUCCACUUUAGGAAACCACGAAUUAAAAGUGACGGCGAGUAAUGCAUACUCCUCUUCUACCUCCACAUUCAAGUAUCUUGCUAUUGCUCCCGUCAAGGACAUUCAGUUCAAAACAAUUGCUCCUGUUCUGUUUCUACCACCAGCAGACGUUGUUUUUGAGCUUGAACAAGUUCCAAGUGGAGAUCCACCGAACGAAGCGACGAUGAUGAUUGAUUAUGGGGACGGUCAUUCGGACACUUUUCCAUUUAGUUUGUCCAACACUUACUUAUACUCAUACAGGGAAGAUGGGACGUUCACAGUUAGUGCCAACAUUUCCAAUGUCGUCAGUCACCAAAUCGUAACUAUAACAGUAGAAGUUGUGGAGUCAAUAGUUGAUCUCGUUAUAGAACCCUAUCCGCCACACGCCCCUCGUAAUGAUCCCGUAGACUUGAGAGUAAAAAUGAAACGAGGAGGUACUGGCUCAAAACUUCAGCUUCGCUGGCAGUUUGAAACUGCUGGUGCUUGGACAACAUUCCAAGAUCGAACCGGGUCCAGUCCCGAUGGUUAUGAUUCACAAUUCAACACGUAUGGGACCAUUGGUACCUAUACUGUCACAGUGGAAGCAAAGAGUCUGCUACAAACGAAAUCAGCAACUUACACAAUCGUCUGCGAGGAAAAAGUUACCGGAAACUUUGAUUUGACUUCAAAUUUCCCACUAGAUUUUGAUAUUUUGCAGACAAUAAGUUACACUCUGACUUAUAAUGAUGUCAUACCUACUAAUGCAAAAAUGAGGUACGAAUAUGGGAAUGGUGAGUCUUCUGGGGAUAUCGCCUUUCCAAUCAUAACCACAGGGAGUUCGGAUCAAAAGGACCACACAUAUACUGAGCCUGGUCACUAUUCCACAACACUCACUCUGUUUAACACAGUAUCGUCUGUAACAAGAACCGUUAUGAGUGGGGUAUAUAAAAAGUUUUCGGGCUGUGACGCUGUUCUGAAAUGGAAACCCAUUGUACCUUUGAAUGGGUCGGACCUGGACGGGUAUGGUCCAGCCAAAAACAUAUUUCCACGUGACAGGCCAUUGCGAGUACAUAUAACAUGCACAACAGGUACCCUAGUUUACUAUGAUGUUUUUGCACAAGGAACGGUAAACAUGCUGUCAUGCAACAAAACGGAAAAAACAUUGUUCGAGCUGGACUUUUCCAACCUUGAGGCUGAACGUUAUGAUCUAACGAUUAAAGCCAUUAACCCAAUACAUCAAGUCUCAAUUCGGAAAUCCAUCGAAAUGCAGGACCCAUGCAAAGACAUCGUAAUAGAUGACGGGGGCCUAAAGACGUCCGCGUACCAAUGGAAAAAGUUCAACAUUACAUUAGGAAUGAUGGGCACUCAGACCUGUGUCCAUAUAGAUUUUGGUGACGGAUCCGUGGGUGAACUUUAUGGAAACCAAUCUAUGUGCGAUACUUUCACUGGACAGGCUCUGUAUGUUGGACCUUUAUCUACCAUCACUGAAGUCAAACAUGAAUACAUGACCAUGAACACGUACAUUGUUUUUGCGAACGGAUUUAACGCCUAUUCCACCUGCUCGGCUAAUUUCACUCAUGUAAUAUCUGAUGUGGAUUGCUCACAGCCCAAAGUCAGCGUCAAAGAUUUAAAGCCAGUGUUCUACUAUCCACAGGAAGUUAAAAGAAGUAGUAUGGUGAGGGCUGUUGGGGUAACAGAUAUAUACUGCACUACCACGCUUGAUAACAUCAAGAAAUGGACGGUGUACAACAUAGAUGAAAACACUGGGGAGGAUUUACAAGAAAUUGACGUCUCAAGUUUGCCAUCUCACUCAACAGCAGAGUUAGCAUUGCCUCCCCUGUUCUUAGAUUACGGCUCCUACAGACUGAACUAUAGAUUAGAGAUGGUAUCGACGGGCUUUGUCAAAAACGAAAACUUCACUGCAACAGUUGAUCAUUAUGUUCGAAUCAUUAAGAGCGACCUUAUUGCGGUGGUAUAUUCCGGUGGAGUGAGUAAAAUACAACGAGGAUACGCCAAAAUGAUCACCAUUGAGCCCGAGUUGUAUUCAUUUGAUCCUGACGUGUCUGCUGGUUUACCCCAAUUGUUCGAUAACUUUACCUGGUGGUGUAGACGAAGCGACGAAACUCUCCCCGAUCCCGACGUACUUUCUAUGCCAUACACAACUACAGAACUUGGUGCCAACCCUCCAGACAAUGGCGGCUGCUUCCGACAAGGUCCUGGUAAGAUUGAUACGAACAACGGGACGCUGAGUUUCGACACCGCCAACAUGCAGAUAAACCAGACAUACAUCUUCAAGAUCCAAGUUCGAAAAGAUGACAGGAUGGCAGAAACAACAGCUGAGUUGGAAAUAGUUUCCGGUGAUCCACCGGAACUAACUGUUAGCUGUGGAACCGCCCUCUGCAUUCCCCGAUCUGGCGGACAACUUGUACGUCCAUCAAGUCGAUUGAGUCUGCUCAGCAGUUGCACAGGUUGUACGCUAAACACCCAGUUCCAAUGGAAAAUUUAUCAAAGUAACUACCAGUGGACUUGGAAGGAGAUUAUAGAACUCCCUACAUAUGUUGAUGGCGUGUAUUCAAACAGCAUAGCAAUUAAAACGACCAUGUUUGAUUUGGAUACAACUGUCAAGACGUACAUGGUGGAACUGUACGCCAAGCGCGAAGACGGACAAGAAGCUAGGGCCUACAUGAAGUUAUUCUUGAAUGACCCACCCCGUAACGGAACCUGUACCAUUUCACCGUCCGUGGGAGUGGCCACGGAAGUCAACUUUCAGGUCACGUGUUCGGGAUGGAUUGACGAGGAUGGCAUAGAGUCGUAUCGUGUUUAUGCUACCUUUAAGGAUGACCCCCAGGAGAGGCAGGUGAUAUUCGGCAGCGUGUCGUCAUACAGCGUCCAGCUUCCGGUCGGCCCGGAUUAUGACAAUCAUAGUAUGGAGAUUUUUGUUCGCAUUGCUGACGUAUACGGCGCUGCAGUGGAUUUCAGAAUAGGAACUAUACAGGUGCUACCAUUGUCUAAAGAUGCAGUUGUCCAGCAACUGGUGUCCAUGCAAGUGCAACUGAAAGACGAACUGGACCUAGCGUUAGCGAGAGCCGAUCUCAGCCAAGUGAACGAGGUUGCUCUUAUGUACGCUAGUCUGAUCAACAUGGCGAGUAAGAAUGGAUCUGCAGAGUACGCAGGCGUGGAUGUAGCCGGAACUCAAACAGCGACGGGGUUAGGUCCAGACUAUACCAACCGACAGGACGCAUUCGAUAAGACUGGUACAACUUUUGAGAAAGAACUGAAAUACCAAGCGGAAAGAGAAGUAUAUUCUCAGAUAACGAACCAAAUAGCAGAUGCACUGCAAAGGGUCACCAUAGCAACCCCUUCAUCUAUUGCCUUGACAGCGAGCACUUGUGCGGAAGUCACUAAAUACACGGAAAACUGUGCCAGGAAAUGUCAGGAAGGAAUAAAAAAUGUUACGAUGAAUAUGAUGAGCACUCUGGAAUCUCAAGCUGACGAGAUUCCCAUUGAAGAGCUGACACUAGCGGCCAAGGGCAUCGUUAACACGCUUUCCAACUUAAUGGAGGCGGGAAAUGUCCAUACUGAGUACCCGACAAAUGGAGACAUGGAAUCCGUCAUUCCGUACGCCCAUUAUGACACAGAUUUGGAAUCGAUCGAGAAAGCUAUUCCAGCCAAUAUACAUAACCGCGAUAGAGCAAAUUAUAAGUUGUUGGCCUACACAAAUGAAGAUUUCCAAGAAAGCACUACUGCAGGGGUACAAAACACAGCAGGCACGGUAUACUCAAAGCUUAGAAAGAUCUUCCAAAAGAGUUUGGUAGAAGGUGAAACACCUGUAAAGAUAUCUACAACAUCCAUUGUUCUUAGUUUCGAGAAGAACCGAGCGAGUUCGUUUUCCAAUGCAACUAUAGACAUGGGAGAUGGAAGUUUUCAUAUGCCCGACUGGUGUUCUCUCAAAGACACUUGCAAUCCAAACGAUACGAUUAUUGUUCAAUCGUCAUACUCCAUCUAUGCUCCCCACGCUUUUACUCCACAAGCAAAAGACCUGUCCCGCUACAGUGGAUCUCUCAAUAUUGACCUGUACGAUGCUAGUGACAGUCCAAUCAAGGUGACGGAAGCCUCGGAACCGAUCUCAAUGAGAGUCCCGUUGGACAGAAACAUGCCCGUCCCUGGGGAAGAAUACGUCGUUCCAUUUAUUCCUGACAGAGACUGGGAGUACUUUUUCUACCACACAACUGAGAUUAAAUCUGCUCGAGCCGCUCUUCAGAUCCGGUUCCGGUUGGAAGAUCUCAACCAACAGUUUUUGGUGUUGGUCAAAUUCGGUGACAUUAAAAACAUUUCAAAGGCGUUUGAUCAUGUUUGCAUGAUUCCAAGCAAAAUGGAAUACCAAGGGUUCUUUGGAUCAGAUGACACUGCAGAUCCCUACACCUGUUUUGUCGGAAGUGACGUCGUUCAGGGUUACCAGGGUCAGGUGACAAUCGGAGUGCGCCAGAUGUCUAGUGUCGAACAUGAUUACUACAUCACGAAAUCACAUGUUCCGCCAACGUUUCCAACCGGAAGUGGUACCUUUUCCACUAAUUAUACCAUCCAAACUGUCAGUUCUACCUGCCGCUUCUUUAACGAGACAAUAAAAGACUGGGACACAAGAGGCUGUGAGGUCGGGCCGUUGACAAACAAGAGGGGCAUCCACUGUAAGUGUACCCACAUGACCACGUUCGCCGGGGGCUGGGUCGUGGUACCGAACACCAUCGACUGGAACUUCGUCUUCUCCAACAUGGACUUCUUCAAGAACCCCACUCUGUACAUCACAGAGAUCGUGAUAUUUGUGGUGUACAUCGUCACCGUCAUCUGGGCCCGCUACAAGGAUAAGAAGGACUUAGAAAUGCUGGGACUGACUCCUUUGGCAGAUAACAACAAGAAAGACAGAUAUUACUAUGAAAUAGUGGUUGUAACAGGAAUGAGGCGCCACGCUGGCACUGACUCUAAGGUGAGUUUUAUACUCUCUGGAGACGAGGAUGAAACUGACGUCAGAUUGUUCAGCGACGACAAGAGAAAGAUUUUCAGAAGGGGUAGUGUCGAUGGCUUUCUCAUGGCUGUUCCAAGACCUCUUGGAGCAUUAAACUAUCUUCAUGUCUGGCACGACAAUUCUGGAAAGGGGAAGUUCGCUUCAUGGUAUCUACGUAACGUUGUCGUUCGCGAUGUACAGACGGACCAGAAAUACAUAUUCAUCGCAAACAGGUGGUUUGCAGUUGAGGAGGACGACGGAAUGAUUGAUCGACUAAUACCGGUAGCGGGCAAGGAACAAAUGACUGAAUUCAGCCAUCUCUUCACGGAAAAAACAACAAAAAGCCUCAGCGAUGGUCAUCUGUGGUUUUCUGUCAUAGCCAGACCUCCACAGAGCCGAUUUACACGAGUCCAACGUGUUUCCUGUUGUCUCUGUCUCCUGUUUUUAUCAAUGUUGACAAAUGCUAUGUUCUAUGAAAAAGGAGAUUCGGAGCAAAAUUCUUUUACAUUUGGACCAUUUGCUCUCUCACCUGAACAGAUAUACAUUGGUGUUGUGAGCAAUAUCAUAGUAUUUCCGGUAAGUUUCCUGAUUAUUCUGAUCUUCCGGAAAUCUCGACCUCGAAACAAGCGGCCUUCUCGCGUGGCAAAAGCAUUGAAGGAGGAGCAGUCAAAGCCUGCUGCGUCUGUCUUUGACGUUCAUCCGACGUGGAAGAGCUCAGAUGAACGAUCUUGUGUGACUCCUUCUAAACUUCUUGAAGGAGGCCGACCGGAAACUGCCAUCACUCGUUCCGGAACUUCCUUGUCAGUAGUUGACUUUGCGGACGGCAACGGCAAGAAGAAAAAGAAGAAAUCUUGGGAUCUUCCGUGGGGCUUUGUCAUUGUCGGCUGGAUUCUACUUUGGGCGGCCACCCUUGUUUCUGCAGCAUUUGUCACAUUUUAUGGCGUCAUGUUCCAGGAUGUCAAGUGCAAGAAGUGGAUUACCUCAAUGCUGAUUUCAUUCUUUACAUCUAUUUUCAUAACACAGCCUCUAAAGGUGAUUCUGACAGCAAUUUUCUUCUCAGUGGUGAUCAAAAACCCCGGCGGGGAGGAGGGUGAGGAGGACGAAGAAGACGAAGAAAAGCCACGUUUGGCGACAGACGAAGAAUACCUUCACGAUCAGGACAGCGAUGAAAUUGCAAAGCCAAGAAAACCCGGCUACAAACCGCCAGAUCCGCGCCUUUUGGAAAAAGCGCGGGAAGUCCGACUGAAGGAGAUAAAGAUGUGGGGCAUUGUCCGGGAAAUCCUAUUCUACUCGUUUUUCCUGUGGAUUCUGAUGGUUAUAAGCUACAGAAACCGUAGUUACAUGUCUUAUUACUACAAGGCCAGCCUUGAAAAGGUCUUCAUAACGACCAACGACACAAAACACCAUUUCCUGAAAAUAAAGAACAAAGAUGACUUCUGGGUUUGGGCUAAAAGUGGAAUGGUGGACGGAAUUCGUGCUGGAGUGUGGUACAAUGACGGCCAGCCGCUAUUCUUACGUGGCUACAUCAAUGAUAAACAGUCAAGAAUUAUGGGAUAUGCUACCAUGCGCCAACUCCGUGUACAAAAGGGGUCGUGUGAUGUUGCCGAGGAUAUGCAGUCAAUCAUUCACGAGUGCAAUGACGAUUACGAUACGAGUAUCCAAGACGAAGAGGACUAUGGGGUAGGAUGGAAACCAGCUUACGAAAACGCAAGUUUCACCAAUCAGCGCGAAGAAUACAGAUACACCACGGCAAACGUCUUGGAUGGAUACCCUUAUAUGGGCGACAGGGUUUGGUAUAGUGGUGGCGGUUAUACGGUUCGAUUACGGGGAAAUGCGACUGUUUUAAGGAACAAACUCAUAGAGCUCGAGAAAGAAGGAUGGGUAGAUCGUUAUACUCGUGCUAUAUUCGUGGAAUUUACUGUUUACAAUCCGGGUAUUAAUCUUUUUGGGAUUGCCACUCUAUUACUAGAAGUCAGUCCAAGCCAAGGCAUUUUCCCUUCCUAUCGAUUUGAACCUGCAAUGCUGCUACCUUACAUGACAGAUGUGAUGCUUUUCCAGAUUGCCUGUGAAAUUGUCUACUUUGCCUUUACAGUUUUCUUCAUCUUUCAACUUUUUAGAGGCCUCAUAAAAGAAAAAAUCAACUAUUUCAAACAGUUCUGGAAUCUGGUUGAAAUUGGCAUCUGUUCCAUGUCGGUGACCGCCAUUGUUAUAUACUUUUAUCGCAUGUUUGAGACCAGCCGACUAACGGAACGGUUCAAAGUUUCUCAUGGCAACGAGUACAUGAAGUUUCAGUACGUUGGAGCUUGGAGUGAGUUGUUCAGUUAUAUCAUUGGAUGGCUAGUCUUCUUUGCAUCUCUAAAAUUCUUGAAGCUUCUAAGAUUCAACAAGCGAAUGUCACUGUUGGCCUCUACGCUGAAGAAUUCCUGCAGAGACUUAAUGCACUUCAGCAUAAUAUUUAACAUUGUUUUCUUGGCAUUCAUCCAACUGUUUUAUCUAGUCUAUGCUGGGAGUCUCACUUCAUUCAAGACUUUCAUUACGGCUUGCGAAUCCGGCCUCGUUAUGAUGAUGGGCAAGUUCGAAAUCUACGACAUGAAAAUGGUAGAGCCAGUGAUGACGCAAAUUUUCAUCUUUGCCUAUGUCGUCACAAUCACUUUCAUAGUGGUCAACAUGCUGUUGUCAAUCUUGAAUGAGACAUUCGGAGCGGUAAGAUCGGACAUCGCCAAACAGAACAACGAGUACGAGAUUGUUGAUUUCAUGAUGAACCGAUUCAAACUUUGGACUGGGCUCGGCACUCCUGACAGAGGCGUUCUGUCACCGGAAGACCUGCGCGGUUAUAACACGAUCGAAGGCAAGAUCGACUUAUUCCCGGACCGAAUUGACCAGUUACUGUCGUCUCUGUCACAUAUCUACAGUAAAGAGGAACGUCUUGAUGCCCUUUUUGAAAUGAAUGCUGCAAAAAGGCAAGGUCUUAAGUCGUCGUUUGGGAAAGUACCUCCUUCAAAAAGCCAAAGAUACCAGAACAUGCUACCAGCCGUUCACACAAACUAUUGAGGGGAUGUUGACCAAACAAAAAAAUUUAGAAAUGAGCAGAAAGAUACAGCCCUUGAACAGUUGAAAUUUACUUUUUAUUAAUGUUUAGUUAUACAGUAUAUAUAAUUACAAGAUCGACAAUGUUUUAUACAAGCAGCUAUGUGCAAUAUAACAAUUAUCAAAACACCGCCGUGAAUACAAUGCUAUAAUGCCACGAAAAUUUAUCAGGUCUUAUUAAGUUCCAUUAAGUUCUAUCCGUUUGUUACUCGUACAUUCCAGGUAAUAAUUUUUGAUAACCUAAACACAAAGUCAGUUUCAGUAUUUUUAUAGUUUUCUAUGCAUGAUUAUGCCUAUUGAAAUGCAGAGCUUUAAACAUAUGCCGGUUGAAAAUUAAUUUUAUAAUGUUGACAUGAAUUUGAAAACACAGUAACUCUGUAUAGUAUGUGUUUUAGUUAUAUAGAUUAAAGGUUGAAGUUGA